CUGCUGCGGGCGCCUGGGCGUGUGCGGGCCGGGCCGGCUGCCUGUCGUCUCCCGCGGGAGUCCUGCCUCUGCGUUCAGCCGGGCUCCGAGAUGACCAUCCGACACCAAGGCCAGCAGUACAGGCCGAGGAUGGCGUUUCUGCAGAAGAUUGAAGCACUUGUGAAGGACAUGCAGAACCCAGAGACAGGGGUCAGAAUGCAGAACCAGAAGAUCCUGAUCACCAGUGUCCCUCACGCCAUGACAGGGAGCGAUGUUCUGCAGUGGAUCAUUCAGAGGCUUUGGGUCUCCAAUCUGGAGGCUCAGAACUUGGGCAACUUUAUUGUCAAGUAUGGCUACAUUUACCCCCUGCAAGACCCCAAGAAUCUCAUUCUCAAGUCUGACGGCAGCCUCUACCGAUUCCAGACACCGUAUUUCUGGCCCACACAACAGUGGCCGGCAGAAGAUACAGACUACGCCAUCUAUCUAGCCAAGCGCAAUAUCAAGAAGAAAGGGAUUCUAGAAGAAUAUGAAAAGGAAAAUUACAACCUGUUGAACCAAAAAAUCAACUACAAGUGGGACUUUGUCAUUAUGCAGGCCAAAGUGCAGUACCGGACUGGGAAGGAGAGGACUAAAGCCGACAGGUAUGCACUGGACUGCCAGGAGAAAGCAUAUUGGCUGGUGCACAGAUGCCCUCCAGGAAUGAACAAUGUGUUGGACUAUGGCCUGGAUCGAGUGACCAAUCCAAAUGAAGUUCAGGUAAACCAGAAACAAACAAUCACCGCUGUCAAGAAAGAGAUCAUGUACUACCAACAGGCUUUAAUGAGAUCCACAGUGAAGUCCUCAGUGUCGCUGGGAGGGAUUGUCAGAUACAGUGAGCAGUUCUCAUCCAAUGAUGCCUUCAUGUCAGGCUGCCUCCCCAGCAACCCCUGGAUUACAGACGACACCCAGUUCUGGGAUUUAAAUGCCAAAUUGGUGGAGAUUCCAACCAAGAUGCGCGUGGAACGCUGGGCCUUCAACUUCAGCGAGCUGAUCCGAGACCCCAAGGGCCGACAGAGCUUCCAGUAUUUUCUCAAGAAAGAAUUCAGUGGCGAGAAUCUGGGAUUCUGGGAAGCCUGUGAGGAUCUGAAGUAUGGAGACCAGUCCAAGGUCAAGGAGAAAGCAGAGGAGAUUUACAAGCUGUUCUUGGCGCCUGGGGCCAGGCGGUGGAUCAACAUAGACGGCAAGACCAUGGACAUCACGGUCAAGGGGCUGAGGCACCCCCACCGCUAUGUCCUUGAUGCGGCUCAGACCCACAUUUACAUGCUUAUGAAGAAGGACUCUUACGCCCGCUACUUAAAAUCUCCAAUCUAUAAGGAAAUGCUGGCCAAAGCGAUCGAACCUCAGGAGACCACCAAGAGGAGCUCCAGCCUCCCCUUCAUGCGGCGUCACCUGCGCUCCAGCCCCAGCCCCGUCAUCCUGAGGCAGCUGGAAGAAGAAGCGAAGACCCGGGAAGCGGCCAACACGGUGGACAUCACUCAGCCCGGCCAGCACACGGCUCCCAGCCCCCACCUGACCGUGUACACCGGGACCUGCGUGCCCCCCUCUCCGUCCGCCCCCCUGUCUCCCUCGUGCCGCUCCCCCAGGAGGCCCUUCCCGUCGCCGGCGCGCUUCAUCCGGAGGCCCAGCAGCACUGUGUGCCCCUCUCCCAUCAGGGUGGCUCUGGACGGCUCCUCGGGCACCGAGCAGAAGGCAGAGGCCGGAGGGCCUGGGGGCAGACAGGCCUCCACAGAGGGUGCCCGGUCCCGGGGUGCCCCCAAGGCCCGCAUGGCUUUGUCCUUUGGCAAGUUCCUGAGACGAGGCUGCUUAGCCUCCCCCGUCUUUGCCCGGCUGUCGCCCAAGUGCCCGGCUGUGUCCCACGGGAAGGUGCAGCCCCUGGGGGAAGCGGGCCAGCAGCUGCAGCAUCUAAAACCCAGGAGAGUGGCCAACUUCUUCCAGAUCAAAAUGGACGUGCCUAUGGAGAGUGGGACCUGCCUGGUGGACUCAGAGGACACCGGCACCGGAGAAUCGGGGGACCAGGCCAUGGAGGAGGUCACCUGUCCCUGGGAGAGCCUGGCUGAGGACAAAGCUGGCUGAGCCGGGGCCAAGGGCCAGGAAGACGCCCCCCAGCAAACGCCACUGGAUGUGACCGCAGGACACCCUUGCUCUCCAAUCCAAGUGCAUUCAGACUAUGUGUGGGGUCAGAGAGAGAAGAGCCGGGAAGCACGUUCUGGUUCUGACUGGACUUCCAACCUUCCCUUUCCUUCUGUUCUGCCCUAGAAGGAAAAAAAAAAAAGCAUGCAGACCAGAGGUCUCAACUUGCUGCCUUAAAACUGAUAAAACGGAAAAAUUUGCAAGAGUUUCAUAGGUCAGAAUGCUAGCGUGUGUGUCUGGUUUUAUUAGCUAUUUCUGAGUUAUUAUUUAUGAGUUAAACUUGUGUCUUCUUUGGUGUUCUGGACCAAGGGACGUGGAGGCAGUUCUGGGAAGAACUGAUCUAAACUGGUUUGUGUAUUAUGUUUUAAAAAACACCCCUGCACCAGGCAAUGGACCCAGGAUACUGUGCAUGCCUUUGACCACUGAUUCAAUGCAUCUACUGUUAAUUGUAUGUAUAUAUUUUACGAAAGAAAGGAAGAGACUGAAUUCUCACCCACCCAUCCUUGGGUUUUUCACCUGUCUCUGCCCUUGGUGGUGAUGUUGGGGAUUGAACCCAGGGCCCUAUGCUUGGAAGGUAUGUGCUCUACCAGCUGACCUGCCUGCUUCCCUGUCACCUGAGAAUCAUAUUUUCAUCAACUCGGUUCCCCCUGCAGGGGGAGUCGUCGGGGUACAGCAGCAACAUAGCAAUGGGGAGCUGGAGAAAGGUGUCCUUCUAGAAUGCCAGAUGCGUCGUUCUGAUCCAGCAAGAAGCAGAUACUAAGGUGGGGGUCAAAAGAGCUUGCAAAAAGGGAUUUGUGCGUCUGUAUGCGUGGGUGGGAGGGGGCUGGUACCUGUGGAGAGGACCACUUGGGAGCUGGAGCAAAGGGUCUCCCUCAUCUGAAAGAUGGUGGUGGAGGACGGGCCUCUUGGGGGGGGGGGAGGAUGAGUAGGAAGAACUUAGAGGACGAUUCCUAGGUGAUUCUGGCUGGGCUGCGGGGCGGCCGUGAGCCUGAGUC